AUGCCUCACGAAAGUGUACCUACCCUUCAGGGUUUGAGACAAAUGAUCAGUGAACUCCACAGACUGUUUCCCAAACCCCCUACAACUCUAUCCAUUGAAGAACUCAUCGAAUCCGCCAAAAAGCCCCGUUCCAAAUCAAUACCUCGACCUCAAAACACCUUCAUGCUGUACAGGAAAGAUGUAUCGGCGAGGUCAAUGGAUGCAGGUACUAACACGGGAGGGUCGAGAGGAAUAGCAAAGAACUCAGAAACGGCAAGCAUGGGAUGGAAGAAGGUAGUAAAAGACAAGAAACUACACCAUUUCUGGAGGUGUUUGUAUGAGAUCGUCAAGUACAAACAUCAAAUAAUGUACCCAACUUACAAAUAUCAACCAAAAAAAGGUGCCAAAAAUAAGAGGCAGAGAAGAAAGAAAGGAGAUGGAGGAGAUGGCAAUAACCCUAAUAAGCAUGACACAAUAUCCCAAUUAGCAAUACCUUUAAUCUCUGAUAAUAAGUUAACCGAAACUCUCAACCAAGAAGGUUUGGAAAGCGGACAUCAUACAAAUACGGCCGUCGUUUCGUCAAAUGCCUCUGAACAACCGCUGUCGCUCACUCAAUCAGCCUCUCUACGUUAUCACCAACAGCAGCAAAUACAGCAAUCCAUAUCUCAACAUGCUCCAUAUGAUAAUUUGAUAUCUACACAAACAGCUGUCAACCCUACUCAAGCGCAAGUCAAUCCCAAUGUGAUACUAUUCCCCAGUUCACAACAAUAUCAUAUCAUCCCCAAUUGGACCUCAUACAUUCCUCCAGUGAUGGGUUCUCCAGUAAUCGGUUCGUCAGUAACAACAUCAGGAUCUAUGUCUACUCAAGCAUCUCAAUAUUCUCAAUUAGCACAACUGCCUCUGUUAGUCGAUAUGAAUAAUUUAGGAAUCGUUAUCCCUACUCAAACGCCUCUGCAAGGUGGUCAAGGAAAGAGCAGAAGGAGAAGUGGUGGUAUUAAUGAUCCUUAUAAUAUAAUCGAUAGUAAUAUUGAUAAAAGUAAUUUUAUUUUCAAUAAUCCUUAUCUUGAUAUCUCUUUUCCUAUUAAUGGUGGUGAUCCACAAUCAUGCUAUUCCCAUCCCCACCCAUAUUCCCACUCGCAUUCCCACUCUAGCCACAACAUUCGCUCCACUUCCCCUUACUCCCUACAACCAUCGCUCAGUAAUGAUAGUACGUAUAACGGCUACCUUUCUCAGAUCGAUCCAUUCCUGUUAUAUUACAGUUCAUGA